AGAAUUUGUUUUUAUCAUACUAGUUUGGCUUUCAAGUUCUAAGCAAAAUACAGUCCUGAUGGAGUUUGUAGAUGAAAGUUAUAUUGAUUGGAUUAUAUUGAGUCUUGAUGAGAUGAAUGUAGAGAUGCAAAAAUUCUGUGGUUUGGUGAGUGGUAACAGCUCAAAGUAUGAUGCUGGGUAAGGAGUCUUCCAGUACCUAUAUCCUACUUCUUAUGACAUGAGGUUGAUCAUAUUGUAGUAUUAGUCUAGAAGAAAUUAGGUACACAAGAAGUCUGACAGGGCUGCACGAGAUUUUGGGAUUUGAAUUGAAGCUCAAAUUCUAACAAUGUCCACAAGUCACUAGGAGACCAUAUGGUGUUUCUUAUAGACCUGGGAUUUAAUUCCUUGUGAUAAAGGAAAAUAGUUUUGUUUUACAGCACAACUUUUUUCCAGCCAAGUAAUAUGCAGGAGGAGAAAAUUCUUGUUUUCCAAUUCAGAAGAUUCUUUUUAUCACAGCUUAUAUAAAGCUGUUUUUUUUAUUCCUCAAUUGCUUUAGCAUAACAAGUUAGUCCAUAUGAGUGGACCAGAAGAUGAUGUCUGCCAAAAGUCAUGGGUCAGAAAUUGGUUGGUUUGGUUUGAAAAUCAAGAGCGAAAAAUAUCUUAAAAGCCAAACAAACUAUAGUUUGUGUCACGUAUGUGUCAAGUAUUAGGUUUGAAAUCUGGAUGAGUCUUCAUAAUCCCACGUGUGAGCACUGAAAACAACAGACACCAACAUAGUCUUUGAUGAGUAUAAACUUGAUUCUUGAGAAUUAUGAAUUGGAUAUUUCUUUGUAUACAGUUGACACCAGACACACUCGGUCAGAACCCCUGGCCCUGUAACAAGGGUUGCCCUAUCACAGGUAGAAGGCGUCAGCCUGGCCACUUUAUUAAUUUUUCAACUAAUGGUUCUUAGCAGGUUGUGAUUGUGAUAACAAUUUGGAUGGCGAAAGCUUUUGUUGCUUUGCAUUUGUGUUACGCAAGGCAUAAUUUUAUACUCUGAAAUAACAACACUGAUUACAGACGUCCCACGAUCCCACCAUCAGCACCCAAAGUCCUAAACCCCUAUGUACAUAUUUUGAGGGCUAAUCUAGUGUCUAAUCUGCUCACGUGAAACCAUUCAGCAGCAGCCGUCAGAUUAUCAUCAUGAAACCAAGUCUCGAGGACGCACGCGCUUCCGCACCCUCUAAGUUUGAACACCAGGUGGCCCCUACCUGGACUCAACGGCCACUGUUAAUGACUCAAGCGUCUAGCCUUUAAGGCUCCAUUUGCUACUUUUUUUUUUUUUAGGUUGUUUCACUUUAAUCUAAAGUUGGGUUAAAUAAGGUAAAAAUAUGAUAAAAAUCAUUGUUUUCAUUUUCACUUUUAUUUUAAAAAUAGUUUUCUACAUUACAUAAAAGACAAAAUUUUUAAAAUUUAUUAUUUAAUUUAAUGUCUAAUAAUUAUUUUUUGAGUGCAGAGAAUAAAAUGUAAUCUAAUUUUUAUUAUAAAGGCUUCCAUCUUAAAUAAUUAUAAAUUUGAUAUCCAUUAAUUUUUUUCUUUUUAUUUUAUGUAACGUAAUUUAUUUGGCAAUAUUUUUAUUUGGCUAAAAUGAUAAUAGUUUAUGUAUAUUUACAAAUUUUAAGCAAAUGGGCACACUAAUUUUAACAUGACUUGUUAUUGCACCUAUUUUGUGACUUGAUAGAAGCAAGUAAAAUAAAUAGUAUUUCUACUAUAACAACUUUUAUUUGCCAGACCCUACUAUUAGUCAAAGAAUUCAGUUUUUUUUUCGCUUUGAAAAUUUCGAUUUUAUGAGAAAAGUUAAUAAUCCAUCACAUGUUUUAAAUAUAUUUUAUUAAGAGAAGUGUUAGUCUUUUAAUAAUUAAAAAAUAUAGGAAGGAAAUUUGGUAAAAUUAAACCAACUAAAAAAAAGAGAAAGUUAAGAAUAUAAUUUCAGUUUUGGGAACAAGACACACCUACAGUGCCUGUUUCUUUCUCCUCCAUUUGUCCUAAAAAAGCAGCAAUAUCUGAACUAACAACACACCUUCGAAAGAGAAGAAGCCACGCCAUCCCCGCUCCCAUUUUUCUGAACGACUCCUACUUUUUGCAUUAUUACUUGGAAAAAGAGAGCAAAACACGAAAAUCCCACCACCCCACUGCUACCACUACAUCUUUUAAAUUUAAAUUUUGUUCUCUUCUACUACAGUUGACCUAAUAUCAAUUCCCAUACAAAAUAAUAAUAACAAUAAGAAAUAAAAGAUAUGGGGAAUUCGUUUGGGUGCUCAGCUUCAGGGGAGAGAUUAGUUUCGGCAGCGAGAGAUGGGGAUUUGGUGGAAGCCAAGAUGCUCUUGGAUUGCAAUCCUUGUCUUGCUAAGUAUUCCACUUUUGGGGGCCUUAAUUCUCCUCUUCAUUUCGCUGCUGCCAAAGGCCACAAUGAGAUUGUUGCUUUAUUGCUUGAGAAUGGAGCUGAUGUUAAUUCCCGGAAUUACUGUGGCCAGACGGCAUUGAUGCAAGCGUGUAGAUACGGGCACUGGGAGGUUGUGCAGACCCUUUUGCUCUUCAGAUGCAAUGUUACCAGGGCAGAUUAUCUAAGUGGAAGAACUGCUCUCCAUUUUUCUGCUGUAAAUGGACAUGUACGGUGCAUAACACUUCUUGUAGCUGAUUUUGUUCCUAAUGCUCCUUUUGAAGCUAUGAACAACCAAAUUGAAGGUGAAAAGGGGGACGGUUCUACUGUGAGAAACAAAAAUGAUCAAAGUGCACUAUCAAAGUUUGUAAAUAAGGCAGCUGAUGGCGGGAAUACUGCUCUUCAUAUGGCUGCAUUAAAUGGGCAUUUUGAUUGUGUGCAGCUUUUGUUAGACCUUCACGCCAAUGUAUCUGCCGUCACAUUUCAUUAUGGAACAUCAAUGGAUUUAAUAGGAGCUGGAAGUUCUCCUUUGCAUUAUGCUGCCUGUGGGGGAAACUUGAAAUGUUGCCAGAUCCUUCUAGCAAGAGGAGCCAGUCGGUUGACUUUGAACUGCAAUGGGUGGCUGCCACUUGAUGUUGCCAGGAUGUGGGGUCGUCAUUGGCUUGAGCCCUUGCUGGCACCUAAUUCUGAUACCACAAUACCUAGAUUUCCUUCUUCCAACUACUUGUCUUUGCCUCUUUCGAGUUUACUUAACAUAGCAAGAGAAUGUGGGUUGCAGUCCCCAACAACCCCCUUGGAUGAUGCUGACACUUGUGCCGUCUGCCUUGAAAGAGUAUGUAGUGUUGCUGCUGAAGGAUGUGGGCAUGAGUUAUGCGUAAGGUGUGCACUCUAUCUUUGCUCAACAAGCCACAUUCCCUCCAAUAUCGUGGCCCCACCGGGGUCUAUUCCGUGCCCACUUUGUAGACAUGGCAUUCUCUCCUUCGUCAAAUUGCCCAUUUCGCCGGUAAAAGAAAAUAGGCUACAUGUAUCCCUUGGCCUUUGUACAUCGUGCAUGCUUCAUCCCUGUGAUGCAGAUUGCGCAUCACCUGCUUCAGAGAUCCGAAAGAAUCGUGUUGCUUCAGUUUCUUCAGAUAUUUUCUGUCCAGUUACCUGUAGUCCAUUUCCUUCUGUUGCCAUCCCUUUGUGCACCUGCAACGAUGGUCCUUGCCCCUCGUUUGAAAGUGGAGAGACAGAAAUGCAAGAUGGAUCUCCAAGACGUUCACAAUCUACAUCGAUCGAGCAGGAUAAAAUUGAAGGACCGAGACUGGAGAGAACAACCUGUUCAAACAUGUUCUGGGGCAGGAGGAGCUGCAGUAGAGAGCAUCAAUGCAAUUCAGAAAUAAAUGCUUGAUUAAUUUCAUCCGUGGUUGAUCGAUCUAUUCUACAGAGAAGCUUCAUUCUUAGGUUCCAUUCUGAGAUGAACAAUUCCCAGUCUGCGAACAGAGCUGGAUUUACGACAGGGACAAUGCUCCUUGCUGAAAUCCUGUUUUUCUCCUUUUUUUUUUAGUAGUAUUCUGUAAUUAUUACAAGUUUUCAAGAAAGUUUCAGUUUUGCUUCUACUGAAAUUUAAUUAGUAUUCCACCUUUCCACUUUUAAUGUUAGAGAAGUGGCUAGUAGUACUGAAGCCAAACCCUAAAUACAUGAAAAAACAUAAAUUUAUUGUGAAAAGUUGUCUACGAAGAUGGAUAUGAUGCUUUCCUUAAAUAUUACUGUACACAAAACUUGAAUUGUGAAUUCUAAAUUGAUUUAGAAAUUUGGAGUCAAAUUUCAAGUUACAA